AUGGCGGGAACUAUUCCCAAGAAUCAUCCCCCGAAGUUGACCAAGUCCCUGCGUAUGGAAGAUUUAGCUUCGGCGGCGGGUUUUGGACCCAAUCCCGUCCUGGCCGACUAA